CCAUCUCUGACACGCCUCUGUUGGCUCGUGACCGGUUGAUUUGUGACCAAUCACAGCACACCAUCUGUAAACAUGGCGUCUUUCUGCAAGUUGGCCUUUGUAGUCAUUCUGUUCUGUACAUGUUUGCUAUAUAUUCUAGCAACAGGCAGUACAGGUAAACCUAAGAAAAAGAAGGACAUUCGAGACUACAAUGACGCAGAUAUGGCGCGGCUUCUGGAACAGUGGGAGAAAGAUGACGAUAUUGAAGAAGGGGACCUUCCUGAGCACAGACGGUCUCCUCCACCCGUUGAUUUCUCCAAGGUGGAUCCCUCCAAGCCAGAGGACCUUCUUAAGAUGUCAAAGAAAGGCAGGACUCUGAUGGUCUUUGCAACUGUGUCUGGAAAUCCCAGUGAGAAGGAGACUGAGGAGAUCACAGGCUUGUGGCAGGGAAGCCUCUUCAACGCCAAUUAUGAUGUUCAGAGGUUUGUAGUGGGCUCAAACAGAGUAAUCUUCAUGCUGCGAGACGGCAGUUUGGCCUGGGAAGUGAAAGACUUCCUUGUGGCUCAACAGCGGUGUGCAGAUGUUACGGUGGAGGGACAAGUGUUUCCAGGAAGCAUGGCAACAGAGGACAAAGCGAAAGAGAGACAGCAGAAUGAAGUCAACAUCAAGAAAAAAGGCAGAAAAACUGAGAGCAAAACGCCAGAUGUGAAUGGAAAUUAUGCUAGCAAUCUCAAACAGGAGCUUUAAUAGCAUUCAAGAUGGGAAGCUGAUGAGUCACUUCCCAGUUUCUGCUGACCUUGCAAAAAAAGGAAGACAUGUUGAAGACAUGUUGAAGACAUGUUGAAGACAUGUUGAAGACAUGUUGAAGACAUGUUGAAGACAUGUUGAAGACAUGUUGAAGACAUGUUGAAGACAUGUUGAAGACAUGUUGAAGACAUGUUGAAGACAUGUUGAAGACCAUAUCUGAGAAUCAUGACAAGCAAAGCAGUUGUGCCCUCAUGGUGAUGUUGGCUGUAGGGAAUUGUUUUUGACAUCUUUAACUUUGAAAGAAAUCACUCACUGAUUUAUUGUUAUUUUUUUUUUUACAUUUUGUAAUUGCCAAUAAAUAUUUAAAUCAUUGAAAUGCUGUUGAGAUUUUUGCUAAUCGAGUGUCAUCAGUGAAAACCAAUAAAGGAUACACACAAUUA